AUGUUGACUCGGGGGCGGUCCCAGACUGUGGCCCAGAAAACUUUCGUUUAUCUCGCGCUGUUGAGCUCAGUCAUGCAGUUUAAAUCAUGGCUAGCAGCCCUCUUGGCUGUGCCGAUGUGCGCACAUGCCGUUGCAGUGGGCCAAACACACAAUAUAACCGUGUGCGGACCUACUGCUCUCGAUAAAGACGUUGCAGACUCUUUCCUGUUCUGCCUCAACGCCACCCAAGUCCGAUACGGACUCUACAUCGAUGAAGGUGUCACAGUCGUGUACCCAGUCGUGAAUCGAACCAUCGACUUCGAUGGAGCUGACGAACGUCUCUUCGACUGUAUGAUACUGUCGACCUGA